AUGCUCCAGUACGCCAUCAUCGGCUUUUUGACCUACGAGAUUUGCCGCCUCUGGCAGCUCCCCGACGCCGGCAAGAUCAAGUACACCGGGAUUAAUGCU